AUGGAGACAAAUGAAGAAAAUACAAAUAAAAAUCAACAGGAUUUAUUUUUGAAAUAUUUUAUUGAGUCCAUUCAAAAACAACAAGAACAAUCUGAACCUUUUGAUUUUUCUACGAAAUUUUCUCAACAAUCACCAGCACUAGUUCAAAAUAAGCAUCAACCAUUUGGUUCUUAUUCAUCAUUAGACAAUCAAUUGAAUUCAAAAGAAGAUCGUUUAAAACAAUUCUAUAAACAUUUAUUAAAUCUUAGUCAACAAAAUGAAAUUAAAAAUUCAGUAUCAAAUAAUUCGACUCCAGAAAAGAAACAUCUAUCACCAACGUCUUCUAAGAAUCAAGAUGAUCUUUAUUGGGAACGAAGAAAAAAGAAUAAUGAAGCUGCUAAACGUAGUCGUGAUGCUCGACGAGUUAAAGAAGAUCGAAUGGCUUUCAAGGCUGCUUGGCUUGAACAAGAAAAUGUUAAACUUCGUCUUGAAAAUGCACAUUUAAAACAAGAAAAUAUUCAACUUCGUUGUAAAAUUUAUAGUUCAAUUGAAUCUUAA